AUGGCGCUCCGGGGCCUGGCGGCGACCCGCGCGGCGGUCGGCCUCUGCCGGAUCGCGGCGAGCGCGUCCUCGUCUUUGCCGUCUGCGGCGGCCGGCGGGAGGAGGGAGCGGGAGCUGCCGUUCGCGCUGGUGGCGGAGCGGGCGAUGGUGGUGGGCGGCCACCGCGGGAUGGGGAUGAACGCGGUGGGGGCGCCGCCCGGGGCGCCCGUCGGGGCCGCCAGGGAGCGGGAGAACACGCUGCUCUCCUUCGGCCGCGCCGCCGCGCACGCCGCCGUCGCCUUCAUCGAGUUCGACGUGCAGGUCACAAAAGAUGGCUGCCCAAUAAUAUUCCAUGAUGACUUCAUCCUAACACAAGGGAUUGGAGCUGUAUGUGAAAGGCGUGUUACUGAUCUUCUCUUGGAAGAUUUCCUCUCUUAUGGGACACAAAAGGAACCUCACAAGAUCUCCAAGCCUUUACUUAGACGGGCAGGAGAUGGUAGAGUCCUUAAUUGGAGUACAGAGGAAGAUGAUUCUCUUUGCACAUUGCAAGAGGUCUUUCAACGUGUCAGUCCUCGCCUGGGAUUUAACAUUGAGCUGAAGUUUGAUGACAGCAUUAUGUAUCACAGCAAAGACCUUGAGUGUGCUCUUAAUGCUGUAUUGCAAGUUGUUUUUCAGUAUGCUAGGAACAGACCAGUCUUUUUCUCAUCUUUCCAUCCUGAUGCGGCACAGAUGAUGCGGGAACUCCAGAGCUCAUAUCCUGUACUUUUCCUAACAGAAGGAGGGACAUCCAAACACCAUGAUUCAAGAAGGAAUUCACUUGAUGAUGCCAUCCGGGUAUGCCUAGAAUAUGAUCUGCAUGGGAUCGUGUCAGAAGUGAGAGGCGUUCUCAAGAACCCGUCUGCAGUUGUCAGAGCACAAGAAUCUAACCUUACACUUCUGACAUAUGGGCAGCUCAAUAACGUGUCGGAGGCAGUCUAUAUCCAGUACCUGAUGGGCGUACAUGGCGUCAUCGUUGAUCGGGUGGAGGAGAUCUCAAAUGCUGUGGCGGGUUUCGGUAAAUCGGACCUCGGCCAGAGUGGUGGUGGUGUGGAUGGUGCAAAGCAUCAGGCCUUCUCGCAACAGCAGCUGGGGUUCUUGCUCCGGCUUAUCCCUGAACUAAUUGAGCAGCGAAAUUGA